AUGCUUUUAUUGAUUCUGUAUUAUGUCCAUCAAUGGAUGACAGUAGUGCCUUGGUCUUAUUAUGAAAGCGCUAAAUCUCGACGUAUAUUAUAUCAACCCACGAACAGAUCAGAACAAGAAAAACAAGUCAAGCUUCAGAAAGAACUUCGUUGCCAUGAACUGAUUGGCCUAAUAUGGGUACUGGUAUCACCUGCAAUGGCAGGCUAUACAUUACGCUAUAGCCAAUAUUUACUUUCGAAUGUGGAUCAUUAUGUGAGUUCAUUCAAUAUCACUGUGUUUGUCUUGGCUGCUUCAAUUCGACCACUCAGUCAUAUCAUAACAAUGUUACAUGAACGUACUUUAUUCUUGCAUUCAGAAUCCAUGGUCAAGGCAAGUCAAGUUGAAUUACUAGAGGCCAAAGUAGAUCAACUUGAGAAACAAGUGCAUUUGUUACAUCAACAGACAGUCAAAAGGCAACUGGAAGAGAGUGCAGAUCUGGCAAAGGCAUUGAAAAGAGCAGAGAGACGACAAUCCUCGGUACAAGAACAAUUGGCCAUGAUGGAUACAAAAGUACGUGAAGUGGAUGGUCGACUAGAUCAACAGACCCAUCCUACGCUAGUCCAAUGGAUGCUACUACCGUUUUACAUACUCUUAUGGGUAACAAGGUAUAUGACUAUGUGGAUAUCUAUACUCGAAAGCAAGAAAAAGAAGCAUUUAGUAUAG